UCCGAAUCGUUUCAUUGUAUUUGAAAUACGCACGAACAUCAAACGAACUAUGUCAGUGGCACUCUGAACAGAGCUAAUAGAGAGAGUGGCAUAGAGGCAGCAUUCGUAUUUCCGUCCAUAAUGUGAUCUAGAACUUUUAACGGAAGUAAUGAUUCACAGACAAAAGGACAUAAUACUUUAAGAUUUCUCAUCGUUCAUUGGCUGUUCAAAAAUUGAAUAGAACAUAAAAUUAAAUAAAUUCUGGUAAAAUUAACGUAUCCCCCAGCCAGCCAUUGAUUAAAAUGAUAUAAGAAAUUUCCGAAUAAUAAAAUUAUAAUGAACCUAUGCUACUACACGUCACGCGUGCUUAUUUUUGGAUUGACAGGUCUGUUGCUCAAUCGGAAUGACACUGACAUUACAGUUUGAAUUCCUAUUGGAACAUUUUCUGUCUUCAUGUGAAGUGUCUUCAGUGUCAAUGAGUGUUUGGUGUGUUUAAACACGAAGCGAUCAAAGGCGGUUGUUCAAUUUUUUCGUAGUUGUCAAUAUCAUUUUUUUUUUCAAAAAGUGAAAAUGGAAAUUGAUUCGGAACAAUUAAUUACCCUUGUUUUCGCCAGAAAACCGUUGUGGGAUAAAACAUCGAAGCUUUACCGGAACAGGGGACUUGUUGAUAAGCUCUGGCGGCAGGUUUCUAAUGAGUUGGAAUCGGAUGCAACCACGGACGAAGUUAAGAAAAAGUGGAAAAAUCUACGAAAUUCUUUCGGAAAGGAGCUGAAGAAAAUUCCAGAAGGACGAUCCGGGGAUGGAGCUCUUUUGAAUUUCGAAACAUACACAACAUGGCCUUAUUUCGAAUCUAUGAUGUUCCUUAAGGAUCAAAUGACCUCUAGAAAAUCUGGAGGUAAUCUUCCACCCUGUGGCGGCGAAAAUGAAGAAGAUUGGAAUGAAGCAGACCUCCAGCAAACUGGUCAGUUGGUACCUACUGAAGAUGUAGUCGAGGACAGGGAUGCGUACGAGGUUCAAUCCAUGGCACAGGCCAACGCUCAACCGAUAUCAAUUCGAUCUGGAAAACGAACUACUGACCACGAAGAUGAGAAUAGGAAUGAAUACGAGGACCAAUUCGUUGCACAAGCCGUUGCUCAACCGACUAUCCAUCCAAUUCGAUCUGGAAAACGAGGUGCACAACAGCAGCUACUUGAUAUUGAGGCAAGGAAGCUGAGACUGCUCGAAAAGAAGGUAGAUAAAUCUACUACAAAGGACGAAGAUGAAGACGAAGCAUUCUUCAAAAGCAUACUUCCACAUGUAAAGAAGCUGAAGCCGGAAGACAAGUUAGUGUUCCGGAUGGAAAUACAGAGCGUUGUUCAGAAGCAUGUGUAUGGAAAACCUAAGAGGACACAAAUCAUGCAAAACUCCACGCCGUUGCACACAAAUGUCGAAAUAAGGACUCCACAGCCUUCAUGCUCAUACCAACGAACUCCAAGCCGACAGCAGACUCCAAGUGUUUCUAUCGAGUACGAUGACCAGGACGAAGAUAAUGGCAACACAAUGACAACAACAGCUUACUCUCCUAUGAUUACCGCCGAAAGGCAAUAUUACUCAGUGAUAACAUCGCCAAUUUCCAGUGUAGAAACACAACAAUAAGGGUAAUU